UGUUUCGCUUCUCAAAUGUUUCAGAAGAUCGACAUUGCAGUGAACCAGGAUGAAGUCGCCACUCUUAACCUUGCUGCUGUCCUUCUCUUGCUGGUCUUGCUUCAGACCGUCACCAGCAGACCCAGACACCCUACCCGGAAACAGUCGGGUACCCGGAACCCGGAAAAACACAGGAAACGCAUAAUUCCGACACCCAAACCAUCGCGGAAAAAAGCACUCCCCUCCUCAACACCAUCCACCACCAUCACCACGACCCCCGAGACCACGACCCCCGAGACCACUACCCCCGAGACCACUACCCCUCUGUGUGUGGGUGACAAUGGUGAGCAGCUGCAAGUGGGACAAGAGGUCAAAUAUGCGGGUGGGUGCAGGGUAUGCACUUGCUUCCCUGAUGGUGCUCAAUGUUAUUACAUUGACUGUAUGAUCCGCAUGUGCGUCGACUACGUCAAGCCCAACAACACCUGCUGUGGAACCUGUCCCAACGGUGAAAAUUGCCGUAUCCAGGAGACAGGCCAGAUCAUCUCAGAGUCAGUGGAGGUUGACGGCCGGAUGUGUUGGUGCCCAAACCCGUGGGAGUACUUUUUCGACUUUUUCUCCGACGAGGGUCCAAUCGCUGUAUGCGAACCGCUCACUACGUCUCCACCUCCACCACCCACAACACCACCCACGCCACCACCGCCGUGUGUCGGUGACAAUGGCGAGGUGCUGGAGCCCGGUCAACAGGUCAUGUACUCAGGCUGGGGAUCCUGCAAGUAUUGUGAGUGCGACCCAAGGGAGGGUUUACAGUGUGUCUAUGGCGACUGCCUGCCACCUAUGUGCGUCGACUUCUUCACGCCGAAUGGCAGUUGUUGUCCCCAAUGUCCGAACGGUCAAAACUGCCGCAUUGAGCAGACAGGGGAGAUCAUAACGGAUCCAGUGGAACGAGACGGUGGGCGUUGCUGGUGUCCGGAGCAGGACUAUAAUAUUGGUUACCCUUCACCAGAGCAUUACACGGCCAUUUGUGUUCCCUCCGACACUACGCCUGAGACCACAACUACACCUGAGACCACAACUACGCCUGAGACCACAACUACACCUGAGACCACAACUACACCUGAGACCACAACUACUUCUCCGCCACCAGAGGAUGAAUCCCCCUCUCCCUCGGAGCCCUGGACAUCCACAGACGGAACUGACUCAACUUCCUUGGAAUCCUGGACACCUGCAGACACAUCCACACCCGCAGUCUAGUCCCAGACCCAAAGACUCAGCACUCCCCUGACCUCCCCCACGAACGGUAGAGAACCCUCUACUGAUCUCCCGAAAGUAUUGGUAAAUAAAAUAGAAAUCGAAUGUACAACUCAUACAACAGACAGUAAAAUUGUUUUUGUUACAGCCGCUUAUUAUCUUACAAUAUUCUAGAGGUAAAUGAGGAGGACCAUGAGUUAGUGGAGGUUUAGACACCGGAGGUUCACAACGAUGGAGACUUAGACACUUGGGGUACUGGAGUUAGCUGGAAGUUGCUUACCCUGGAGUUUACUACAUUGGAUCUCUAGACAAUAAAAACUUGAUGCACUUGAGAGUUGUAUUUAGCAUGAGCAAUAUAUUUAAAUAUUUAGUGCAUUGGAGAUUGUGAGACAAAUAUAAUUACAUAUAUAUAUAAUUGAUAAGUAUGCAUAAUUAAAGCUUCAUUGGAGCGACUUUAUUAUUUUAGAUAAUAUAAAAUAUGUACAUUCUCUAAAAUGUUGAAUAGCCAAACAGAAGACUGGGCUUGAAUUUUGUUGGGGCCUGUUGGGCAAGAGAGAUUAGUAUUUUGCCUUCAGAUGAAGUUUCUAAACAUAAAUAUAUUUGUGCAUCAGGGUCUGAGGGCUGUUGAGAUUAAAUGAAAGCAACUGAAA